CAAUAACAACAACGUCCACAGCAGCAGCAACAACGAUCUGUGUGUGUAUUCGACUCUGUGUGGUUUGGCGCAAUUGGUGAACGGUGAAAACGGGAGUGUAGCUAAAGUGAUCAGGGGGUCGAUUCCUUGUUGGUCGGCCUUUGCUAUAGGACACAGCAAUUUCGUCUUUAUACAACGUCGAAGACGGCGCCGCCGCCGCCGCCGCCGCUUUGGAAGCACACGCAUCAGCAAAAGUGCUACUAGGCCAUAGUCGAGAUAUUGAAUUGCUGUGCUUCUUUUUUCCUUCACGAAGUGCUUGUGACUAACGACGCCGCCGCUAUUGCACUUCAGGGCCACCUGCACAACGCACCACUGCGAACUUUCACGUAUGACUGGCUUGGUUGUUUGUUAGCUGCAUAUACGAGUUGAUUUUGUGGUCGGCUUUUUCAAAGGGACGGGGGAUACUUGGGUUGGAAGGAAAGUCACAUUCUUCCCGUUGGCUUCCAGUGAUUUUUCACUUUCUCGCUGUCUUUCAUCGUUCCCCCUAAAUAAAUAGCCCAAAUGGCGGCGGUAACGACGAAGACUGAAAUGAUCCCAGGAACGGGAAACAGAAGCAAGGUAAAGAAGGUAUUUAUUUUUCGUGUGGUCCGCGGCCCGUUUGAGGAAGAGUUCUACCAGUGUGUCACGUAUGGCUUCUAUACGGCCCCUUGGCAAGAGCAACUUUACACAUCGACCUCGCUGAUUCUCAUGUUCAUGCUUCCAUUAACGACGCUGGUGGCCACGUAUGCCGCCACGUUCCAUACCAUUGCAAAUCUUCCGCCACUUCCAGGGGCAAUCGUCAGUUCUAAAGCGAGCGAGAGAGGCAUUAUUGUGACAUCACGUCCCAAUGGAUUAGUCCAGAGCAGUUCCCCUUGCGAAGGCCAUUCCAUGGAAGCAACGCGGCGUCGUCUUCUGGCAAAAGCGAAAAGAAAAUCGCUCAUGAUCACUAUCGUUAUUGUGGCAACGUUCGUCAUAUGCUGGACCCCGUACUAUGCCAUGAUGGUUAUCUUUAUUUUCAAUCUCGACCCAGACCAGCGAAUCACGGGCGAAUUGAGCUCUGCAAUAUUUUUCUUCGGGAGUUCAACUGCAAUGAUUAACCCUGUCAUCUACGGCGCCUUCCACCUACGGCGGCCUUCGCUUCGGAGACGCCCACAUAGGACACAAACAAUGACAUCGCACAUUAUUGCCAAUGGCAACCUUCCACCGAUGGGUGCUCAGGAAAACGCCUGUAUCAAUAAUGAGCUGAAAAACAACCUUUCUGUCCAAAGUGUAGAACCGGCUCAUAUGUCUCGGUGAAUAUUCCGACGCAGUUUAACGACGCGAAAAUUUUGUCUUCAUUAAUAUGCUAUGGCGGACCAUGCAAACAAAGCAAUG